UACCAAUUAUCCACAUAAGAAUCUUUCAAUAGGAGUUACAUUAUAAUCCGAACACCCCUAAAUUGAAAUUGAAAUGCUUUUCGAUCUGCUUCACUCCACGAAUGGCUGCCCUUUCUGGGUUCCCGCCUCACUGUGUUUCGUUAUCCUCUCGUUACUCCCAAUCCCAAACUAGUUCUGCCUUUUCCUUCUUCUGUCAUCACUCUUGCUUUCAUACUAACCGCCGUUAUAUCAAUGGCCAGUUUUCUAUAGUUUGUCUUGCUAAUAUCAAAAAAUCAAGGCCAAGUAGGAAGCUUAUGGGUGAUGAUGAACUGUGCAAUGCUCUUCGGGAAUUUGUGGCUUCUGUUGGAUUGCCUGCGGAUCAUGUUCCUUCUACCAAGGAGCUUAAUCAUCAUGGAAGGAAGGAUCUGGCAAACAUUGUUCGAAGGAGAGGACACAAACUUAUAAAACAGUUUCUUGUUAACCCUUCUGAAACAGAAUCUGAUGGGAAUGGCUCACUCAAAAACUUAAAUGGUGAUUCGCAAGAAAAAAGGGAUUAUAAAGAAACAGGUCAGGAGGGGAAGCUACAUAAUUUGAUUGAAGAUCCUAUAUCUAUUCCUUCGAUGGAUGACAACUCUGAUGCUGUGACCAGCGCUUUAGCUGAAGACGAAUCAACUUCUACUGCUAAUGGUGUAAAUCAUGUAUUAGAAGAAUCCACUAUGACCUUGCAGGAAAAGGUGGACAAUUUUAUGAAACAUGGAGUGCUAGAUCCAGUUGAAGUUGAUGCUUGUGAUGACAUAGUUCCGGAGGAAGGGGGCACAGUUUUGAAUCACGGGCAGAGUGAAGUUGAAACAGUGCCCCAUAGUGAAAGGGAUUAUGGACAUUUGGCUCGUAUUAGCGACUCUAAUAUUGGGCAAAAUGGUACUCUAUUGUUACCAAGGGUGUUUUCCUCUCUUGAAACCGAAGGCAAAUCCACAAGGGAUAUUUAUUCUUCUGCUCAAGAAACACAAAAUGAUGAUCUUGAUGAUGAGCUCGUAGAGGCCGGAAAAAGGGAAAAUGAAGCUGAGAUUAGCCGUCUUAAGCAGAUUCUGCAUCAAAAAGAGUUGGAGUUGUCUCUGCUGAAAGAAGAGAUUGAAAAGGAAAAGUAUGCUCUGUCACUUUUGCAAACGAAAGCAGAAAAUGAGAUUACCAAAGCUCAAAAGCUUAUAUCAGAAAAAGAUGCAGAACUAUUUGCUGUUGAAGAAAGUCUUUCUGGACUCGUGGAGGCGAAGAUUGAAUAUUCAGGAGAAGGAGAAAUGGUAGAGGUCGCUGGUAGUUUCAAUGGAUGGCAUCAAUGGAUUAAAUUGGAUCCGCAACCAUCAUCUGUUAUAGUAGACCCUGUUGAAUCAAGGAGAUCUAGGCGCUGGUCAACAACUUUAUGGCUUUAUCCUGGGGUGUAUGAGAUAAAAUUCAUUGUUGAUGGCCAUUGGAAAAUUGAUCCCCAAAAGGAAUUAAUCAACAAGAAUGGUGUAGAGAACAACAUUCUCCGAGUUGAUCGAUAAAAUACUUUUGAAGGAGUUCGAUGCAUCUUUGAACACUGAAUCGGUUAGGUUUCGUCUAUUUAUCUGUACAAAGUAGUUAAUAACACAACAGCUAAACAAGGAGAUGUAACGAGAUGCCACAGUCUGCCUUCUUCACUCAACUGCUUUGGAAUAAACUGUUCGAAAGAUCGGCUUCCUGAUCUUCAUGACCAUGAGCCUGCUUUGUAGUUGCAAGUUUAUGCCAUAUGGAUUUCGACAACUUGUGCAGCAGGCUGUCGAGCAGGAAGUUAGCUGAUGUUUGAGAAAAGAAAGCAGUGAUGUAUUAGGUUAAAGCAUGAAUUAAGGUGAACAGUCAGACCUUAGAUUUAUUUAGCCGCGAUGAAUAAGCAAGGGAAUAAGAGCUGUUGGAUAAUUAUUCCUACUUGGAAGCAAUUGUCAUUGUCAUACAGACAUAAUAAGUUAUGAUUAAUUUAGUUUUGUUUAGGGAUGGCAGUGGGUUAGAUCUGGACUGGGUCCAAGUGGAUUUGAUCUAAAUCUGUUUUUUGAACAGGGACCAGAUUUGAAUCCCCAUCUGUAGGUCUAAUUUUUGCACAUUUUAUUUUUUUUGCCUUGUAUUAAAGUAAUUGCAUUACAAUAGAGAAUUUGGAUUGCUUGAGCA